AUGGCGCUGAUUCUGUUCAUUUUUUGUGUCAUCGCGUUGUGCAAAGGUAACAAAUUAAAAGGCCUUACACUAGAGCAAGUGCUAGUACUUAGUCGUCAUAAUAUUCGAACACCUCUGACUACAAAUUUGGAUAUUUAUUCGCCUAAUAAAUGGCCGAAAUUUAACGAGACUGAUGCGAAUUUAACUCAAAGAGGUGUUUUGAUGGAGAGUUUUAUGGCUGAAUACUUUGCAGAAUGGUUAGCAAGUGAAGACUUCAUAAAAGGAUGUCCAGGACAAGAGGAGGUACUUAUUUAUCCUAAUACAUUAUCUCGAACGAGGGGCACAGCUAAAUCGUUUGCAGACGCUGCGUUUCCAUCUUGCAGUAUCUAUCAAGACAAACACUCUCAAGACAAUAGAGAUGUCUUCGAUCCGCUUUUCCAUUCGCUAUUUCAAAACACUUCAGAAAACUUCAUAGAGCAAAUUAAAAACGAAAUGAAAAAUACACUAAACGAGGUCGAUUUAACAGAAUCGUAUUUAGAACUCAACAGAAUAUUGGAUAUAAAAAAUUCAGAUAUUUGCAAACAAAAAAAUGUAUGUGACCUUAGCAAAAAUAGUACGCAAAUCGUUUAUGAAGAAGGCAAAGAGCCUGAGGUGCAGGGUCCUUUACUAAUUGGCAAUCAGGUUAUUGAUACUUUUAUAAUGAGUUUUUAUGAAGGGUUUCCUCUUGAAAAUGUUGCUUGGGGCAAAGUAACGUCUGAAGACCAAUGGGAAAUCCUGACGAGGAUUAUCAAGCAUAAUAUAAACGUACGCCUUGGCCCCUUAGCAUCGAAGGAUAUUGGCAAGCCACUGCUGAAAUACAUGUUCAAUAUAUUCAAAAGUAGGAAUCCUAAGUUUACAAUGAUUGUGGGACACGAUACUAAUAUCUGUGUAAUUUUAAAAGCUUUAGAUUUUAAAAACGUUAAUGUUGUAAAUCAGUACGAACCGUAUCCGAUUGGCGGGAAACUAGUGUUCCAAAAGUGGUCAAAUGGCGCUGACAGGUUUUUGAAAGUGGAAUAUGUAUAUCCAACCUUUUCUCAGUUGAGGAAUAGUGAAAAAUUGUCUUUGACACACCCACCGCAAAAGGUUUUACUCGAAUUGAAAGACUGCAAAAUUAAUGAUAGUGGAUUUUGUCCUUGGGAUGAUUUCAUUAAAUUAAAUGAUUAG